UCAGCCUCUCCUAUACUGUGCAGCUUUCUCUUUCCCAAACAAAGCUUAACCUUCAGCUUAUUAGGAAAGAAACUAAUGGCUUCCAUUCAGGAAAUACGUAACUCGCACAGAGCAAAUGGUCCGGCCACAAUUUUAGCCAUUGGCACGGCCAACCCACCAAAUGAAAUGUACCAGGCAGACUAUCCUGAUUUCUAUUUUCGCGCUACCAACAACGAGCAUAUGACUGAUCUCAAGGCCAAGUUUAAGCGCAUAUGUGAGAAAUCAAUGAUCAAGAAGCGUUACAUGCACAUAACUGAAGAGAUGUUAAAAGAAAACUCAAAUCUAUGUGAUUACAAUGCUUCAUCCUUGAAUUUUCGUCAGCUUAUAUUGGCUUCUGAGGUUCCGAAACUUGGGAAAGAAGCAGCUUUGAAGGCAAUAGAAGAGUGGGGACAAUCCAAAUCCAAGAUCACUCAUGUUCUCUUUUGCACAAACUCUGGCGUGGAUAUACCAGGGGCCGAUUACCAGCUCAUCAAGCUUCUUGGCCUUCAUUCCUCAGUGAAACGCCUCAUUCUAUGCCAAGAAGGUUGUCAUUCAGGUGCUAUGGUCCUUCGCAUUGCGAAGGACAUGGUAGAGAACAAUCGAGGAGCCCGUGUGCUGGUUGUUUGCUCCGAGAGCACUGUCAUCUGUUUUCGUGGACCAACUGAUGCACACAUGGACUCGAUGGUGGCGCAGGCUCUUUUCGGGGAUGGUGCUGCUGCUAUGAUUGUAGGAGCUGAUCCAGAUGAGUCCAUUGAGCGACCAAUUUUUAAGCUGGUAUGGACAGCCCAAGCCAUAUUACCUGAUUCAGAAGGGGCUAUCGAAGGGCACAUUAGAGAAGCGGGGAUGGACAUAAGGUUAAGUUCAGAUGUUCCGAAACUCAUCUCUAACAGCAUUAAGAAUGCCUUAGUUGAAGCCUUCGACCCUAUUGGUCUUGAAAUCAAUGAUCGGAACUCCUUCUUUUGGAUCGCUCAUCCUGGUGGACCUGCGAUUUUAGACAAGGUUGAAGCUGAACUUGGUCUCGAAGAAAACAAACUUAGUACUACUCGCCACGUUCUGAGUGAGUUCGGCAACAUGUGGAGUGCUUGUAUGAUAUUCAUAUUGGAUGAGAUGAGAAAGAGAUCAUUGAAGGAGUGCAAGACUACUACCGGGGAAGGAUUAGAUUGGGGUGUCAUGGUAGGCUUAGGUCCUGGAAUUACUGUUGAGACCAUUGUUAUCCACAGUGUUCCACUAAGCUAAAUCAUCAAAAAGAAUGUUGUCUUGCUUUUAUAUUAUGUUCCAACUCCUAGCUGACUUCGGUACUUCCUAAUGGAGUUGGAUUAAAUAAGGUUGCAUUAGUUUAUAAUCAUAUAAUAAACUCAUCAUGUACUAAUAACUGUUGUGAGUAGUAAAGUUAUUGGUGACGAAUGUCCACUUUUAUUCAAUUGGUAGAUGGUGG